CUUUGAUAAGCACAAUUAAAAUAAUGAAAUUUUUAUUUUUCGUUUCCUUCAUCGUGACUCUAUCGUAUGCACAAAAGGGCUUAGCAUUUUGUGAUGAAUACAUAGAGUAUGAUAUCUCAUUUUAUGGCAAAUUUAUUUCCAAUGUAAAACUUUCAAACACAACAGAUGCUAUUCUAGCUGAUUACAGAGUUAUGAUCAUUGAUGAUGAACUUAAUGUAUUAAGCUCAGUUUCUAUUCCUAAAAUGAACAACUUUACUUGUGGUUGGAUUUUUACUCCCAUUUCAGGAUAUUUUUUCAUCGGUUGUCAAAAGAGUGGAGAGUCUCCAUACUUAGUUGCAUACAAAAGCAUAAAUUAGACUCACUAUUCAAAAUUUGGGGAUAUUGUGUAAUUCCCUAUUGUUAAUUAAACCUUGAUCAAAAUAACAGGGACAGAUAAUACAAUAUUUACAGUUUAAUCUACAAAAGUCACAUUAUUUACAUUAGUAAUGUCAGCAGCAGAUUGGAGUAUUAAAACUACUUAGAAUGUGUUUGAUAAAAAUUAUUUCAGUCGAACAUCUGAAAUCAAUAUUACUGACAUCACUUUUUUGCCAUUCGCUUAAGACAAUAUGAAAUACCUUAAAAUUAUGGUUACGGAAUUCUCUCUUGGAUCGUUUUGGAUCGAUGCUCUUAUAAAAAAUAAUAUUGUAUCCCCGUUUAGAACUGGUAAUAUUUUUCCCAACCUUUCAUGGACUAAGUAUCAAUCCGUGACAAUUCAUUCAACUACUUCAAAUGUUUCAAUGAUCUCAAUGACAUACUUUAGUACAUAUAAUAGUCCUAUGUCCUUCAAAGCAGUUUUUAAUUCUGUUACUUCAACAACAUUAACUACAAAUUUGGUUUACACUGAUUAGACCGGUUGGCAAUCAUAAAUCGCUCCUGUCAAAUCUGGAAAUGUAGAAGCAAUUAUGUUUAGGAAUACUUAAAAAUAGGGCACAUUAUUUAUCUAUAAUGCAGUAAUAGCUCCAGCCGUAUCUGAUAGUUAAGACGAAGUUGAAACACAAUUAAAUGCGCCCACUUAUGAUCCUGUAGAUAAAUUAACAUCACCUCCAUAAGAUUAUUCUAUCUUCUAUUUUAAUUCUGGUUAUAGAGUAGUGCAUAGCAUCGAAAAUAACAAGUUACAAAGUUGUGACCUUUACAAUUAUAAAUUAUAAAAGGAAUGAUAAAUAAUAAUCAAAUAUACAGAAACCUAUAUUA